AUGGCGCCUACUGUAGACCCUGCUAUUCUCGAGGCCCUGCAGCUCGACCCAGCCGCCAGUAAGAUUUCCUCCCACGGAGGCUCUGGCUUUGCUUCUACCUUCAAAAUUUCGUCAACCGUUGAUGGCAAGGACAUGAACUACUUUGUUAAGACCGGCUCGGGAGCAGACUCUGAGAUUAUGUUCAAAGGCGAGCAUGCAUCGCUCAAUGCCAUUCAUGAUUCAGUGCCAAACUUUUGCCCAAAGUCAUAUGCGCACGGCGCAAUGAAAGAAUCCACCGGGAAAUUCUUCAUGGUUACAGACUUUCUGGAGCUUGGCUCGUUGGCACAGGGCGGUUCCGGGGAUUCCUUAGCCAAGAAAUUGGCCAAGUUGCAUACAACAAAAGCCCCUACACCAGAUGGCUUUGACAAACCUAUGUUCGGAUUUCCAGUCACUACCUGCUGCGGAGCUACACCCCAAGAUAAUUCAUGGAAGGAGUCUUGGGCCGACUUUUACGCCAACAAUCGGCUACGCAGUAUCUUGAAAGCUGGCAUCAAGUCAAACGGAUCCGAUGCGGAGCUUUCGGAUGCUGUAGAGAAGACCGCAGGCCAGGUUGUGCCGAGAUUACUAGGAGACGAUUGUCUGAAAGGCAUAAUACCUGUCGUAAUCCAUGGCGACCUAUGGAGCGGCAACCAUGGACAUGGCAGGAUCGCGGGUAGAGGCGGUUCUGAAGACGUAGUCUACGAUCCUUCCUCUGUUUACGGCCAUUCGGAAUACGAGCUCGGCAUUAUGAGGAUGUUUGGCGGUUUUGGCGGUGCUUUCUGGCAGGAAUAUGAGAGCUUAGUACCAAAGGCUGAACCUAAAGCUGAAUAUGAAGACAGAGUCGCACUUUAUGAGCUUUAUCACCACUUAAAUCAUUGGGCAAUGUUUGGCGGCGGAUAUAAAAGUGGUGCCAUGAACAUCAUGAAGAAGCUCAUCUCGAAGUACGGCUAG